ACGCGACUCCGUCCACGCACUCGUGGUCGCUCGGAAAUUGUCAAAUCGACAGCGAGGCAGCGUUGAUAACAGCAACAACGUCAGCAGCAGAGCGACUACGUCGACGUCGAGCCGAGCACGACGAAAAUUAUGUCGCGAGGAAAGUCAUUCGAAUUCUUGCCUUCAAAUUGCCGUGCAGCCUGCGGAGUCGCGAGUGAAUAGUCCACCGAGCGAAUCGUCUGCGACAUAGAUUUCCGCUCUUUCGUGCGCUGCGUCGUUUGUGCCGUAAACAGUGAGUGCCGCGAGACUGGGGGAAAAUCGUUAAAAUCGCCACCAGAAUUUUCCCGUGUACACAACACAACCCCUGGCGAGAAAUGGUCGGAAUCGGGGCGAAAUUCUUAUGAAAACAUUACGAAAGGUCCAGCGGGAACCGCGUAAACAUAUCAGUGGAGCAAAUAUCAGCGGGAACAGUGAAGUCGCGAUCCUGCCGCGCCAGUGAAAUUGGAAAAGUGCAAAUUUUCCCCGAGGAGACGUGCAUGCAAAGUUGCGGAAAAUUUCUAUUCAUUGUCAAGGCUUCGCACGACUUACAGUGAAAAGUUCGACGUGAAUGCAGUUUCGCGUACGCCGCAAAGUCGAGACGAGGAAUUCAGGGCAAGGACCGCUUUCCUCGAAUCCUGUCAGCCCGCGGCCUCCAAUUGAAAAUUUACUCUGUCCACGGCAAGCGAAUUUUCCGGCAUGCAAUAGCGUAGCAUUGUCCGUUGUAUUCACGCCAAAUUUUCACGUCAGCAGAGGUGAGGCGGUGGAAAGUUGUAAUUUUCAAAGUACCAUGAAUCGAGGACAAACAGUGAAAGGAAGCUGAGUGCCUACCCAUGAACAGACAGCCAAACUUCACACGGUAUCAGGGUAGAAAAGCCACCCCACUCAUUGCCAACCUUUUCCUUUCCAUUCACUAAUUCCACUUUCGACGAGGACCUACUUGUCCAAGUCUACUUUGCUUCCUUCCCUUCGUUUAGGAUAAUUAAGAAUUCUCAACGAUCCUAUCGUGGAACUUUGCUCCUGCUCAGGUGAAAUUCAAGAACCGAAUCGUAUCCGUUCCCCUGACGUCGGUGCUGCUUUUUCCUAAAUUCCUGACAUCUCAAACUUGAGCCCCGAUUGCACUUCACAUCCCUAGCCAAACCCAUAUUCCAUCCGCAAGAGCUGCAGACACCACAGCGACCACCACACACCACCCCGCUCCUCCCACAAUUAGCUUAACCUUCCGAUUGCCCUGCUCGGCCUUGUAACCUUCACAGCUCAAUCCCAGCGCCGGCUACAGAAUGGAUUGGAUUAUUAAUGAUGAAUUGGGCCUGACGGUGGGCCAUGUCGUCGGCUGGGCAGCUGCAUCCGCAAUGGUCGUCGGUGGCGUCAUUCCAUACAUUCCACAGUACCGAGAAAUCAAAAGGACGCAGGACGCGGACGGGUUCUCGCUGCAUGUGUGCCUGGCGCUCCUCAUUGCAAAUACGCUUCGUAUAUUUUUCUGGUUUUCCAAAAGAUACGAGCUUCCACUUCUCGUACAAAGUAUAGUCAUGAAUGUAACUAUGUUUCUUAUGAUACACUUGUGUGUAAAAGUAAAACGAAGUAACGCCAUAAUGAGGACGAGGGAGCGAGUUUUUGCAGGUGAAGAGCAGAACGAUCUACGCUUACCAAAGGUGAUUGGGGAAGCAGAUGUUGCAGGGCCAACAACUUCCGGUUCAUUAAAAAGACCAAGAGCAAGACACUAUUUCAGUGAUUUCGACAUGCGAUACUUUUGGGCGUGGACAGAUUUUCAAUCAUAUCUUGAUUUUAUGUUAAUUGUUUGGGCAGUUGGUGCUGCAAUUACAUAUUUAUUGUUACCAAUUAGAUGGUUUAUGGAAACUGUAGGAUUUUUUGCUGUAUUUACAGAAGCAAUGCUGGGAGCACCUCAGUUUGUUAGGAAUUUUCGUAACAAAUCUACGCAUGGUAUGAGCAUUCACAUGGUAAUAAUGUGGACGCUUGGUGAUAUGUUUAAGACUGUGUAUUUUAUUGUUCGUCACGCACCGACACAAUUUUGGGUUUGUGGAGCACUACAGGUUACUUUGGAUUUGGCCAUUCUACUGCAAGUCUACGUCUAUCGAAAGAAUUCUGUACCGCGAAGUAUACAUCGUGGAGAUUAGCAGUUUGCCCCCGAUGAACAACAACAACAACAACAUAGUCGUAAUCCAUCAAC